UGGAACUGUGGAUAUUCAAGUUUUAGGAGAGGUGGAAUCCAAGAUGGACAACAAAGAUCUGGAGAUGUCUAGUGUCUCUGUGCAUCCAUCAACUCCAUCAGCCAUGGACUCUGAUACACAUGCAUCAUUUGACUCCACUAGCAAUGACGACACCUCUUUGGUACUUUUACUGAUUGUUAGAUUGCUGUCAAUGAUCACCCCUUUCACAUUACUGGAAUCCUCUGACAUUGGUGAAACAUCAAGAGUUCUCACAAAGAGGAUUCUGUCGGAGUUCUGUGGCACCUCAGGCUUUGAACCAACUCAAGCCUACCCCCAGAAUCUGAAAAUCAAAAAGAUUUUCAAGGCUGUCUACAAGGGGCUUCUUCAAGAAUUUGGGUCAGAGAAGAUGCUCCAGGUUGCAAUGAAGUCAACGGAUUAUGCAUUUGACGAUGCCCUGGUCAAAUCAUUAACUAGGAAACUACUAGCUAAAUGCAAUGAGGCUAGCUCUUCACCUCCCUCCAUGACACAGUUGUCAUCACACAAUGUACUUGGCAGUGACGAGGUAGGUAAUUCUGGGAUUCCAACAACUUGUAGAAAGGAAAAGAAGAGAGGAAGAUUCAGCGCUCUCUGUGGACUCAACCCAAAGUGUACAAAGAAGGUCAACAAGAAGAACCACUGCACUCCAACACCUUCCCAGAACCAGACCCCUGCCGUCAGUGAAACAGAGUGAUCUUCCUUGGCCUCAUCACAUGUCUCAGUUGCUCCUCCUUUGGAGGGAGGGGGACACCACCACGGGACAGCCCCUACACUUAUCGCUAGAGAUCGAACUUCAGACUCCCUCCAAAACCACUGAACCCUUCAACACACCGAAAGAGUUUAUGAUGCACACCCUUAGAGGGCGCCGGAACAGGAUAACUCCCUCCACCCUCACAAAGACAUAGAGGAGGAGGAACUAUCCAAUACCCA